UAUUUUUUUCUUUUCUCUCUCUCCUUUGUGAUAAUCAGUGACUGGAAGACUCUGCUGACCAAAAAUUUACUGUGAUAAUCUGCUUACCAAUAAGACUGUCUCAACAGCAGAUCACGUCGAAUCUUCGAAAGAAGUUUCUUAUCCCAUUCCCAAUCCCUUGUCUUUGACAAUGAAAACUUAUUAGAAUUAUUACAGUCUCUGUUCAGCCUACCUUUCCUCCGUUGCAGAGGAAGGAAGGGAAAAUAGGAGUUUUUGGUAGAAAACAGUUAGGAAGAGAGAGAGAAGUAGAAUCCCCACCCCGAAUAUGGAUUUUAUUGCACACCCAUCUGUUCUUGCUUCCUCUUCAUCGUCUCUCCUUUUGAAUUUCUUUGAAAGGGUUAGAGAUACUUUCCAUUUCGCGGUGUCUGCUGUUCUUGGGAGCAUCUUAUCUGCGAUCUUCACCUUCUUCUUUGCAUUAGUGGGCACCUUGUUAGGAGCUAUGACUGGAGCUUUGAUAGGCCAAGAGACCGAAAGCGGUUUUGUUCGAGGGGCUGCCGUUGGAGCAAUAUCUGGAGCUGUUUUCUCCAUUGAAGUCUUUGAAUCUUCUCUUGUUCUUUGGCAAUCAGAUGAAUCCGGUUUUGGAUGUCUCCUCUACUUGAUUGAUGUUAUUGCAAGCCUUCUGAGUGGCAGACUAGUUCGCGAGCGGAUUGGUCCGGCCAUGUUAAGUGCUGUGCAGAGUCAGAUGGGUGCUGUUGAAGCAAGCUUUGAUGAGAUCCCAAACAUCUUCGACAUCGGUGGAGCCAAGGGUUUGCCGGGAGAUUCAGUUGAAAAAAUCCCAAAGAUCAUAAUCUCAAAGAACAACAAUGUAGAUGCUUCUGGAGAGGAAGUCUCUUGUUCAGUGUGCCUUCAGGAAUUUCAGCUUGGAGAGACAGUUAGAUGCUUGCCUCAUUGCCAUCAUAUGUUUCACCUACCUUGCAUAGAUAAGUGGCUCCUCAGGCAUGGUUCUUGCCCAUUAUGCAGAAGGGAUCUGUGACCAAUUCUCAAUGUAAAUUACAAGUUGAAGAAAAUUUUCUUUUAUUGUUUAUACAGUCAUUAACUUUU